AUGACUGACUCUACUAUUUUAGCACAAGCGCGCAAAGUCCGAUUCGAUAACCUAACCAGUUUUGCCGGACAUCAUUCAGAUGAUGCCGAGCGGUUUUUGAAAAAUAUUAAAAACAUAACCAAAGCUACGAGCGAAUACACCAAUCUUGAAUUAUUUGAAAUCGUUCGUGGGAAACUAACACAAUCAGCUGGAAUAUGGUUCGACAACAACGAAACGAAAUUCAAAAAAUGGUCAGAUUUCUGUAAAUCUGUGCAGAUUUGCUUGAAGGAAACGCGGUUCAACUUUGUUGUUGUUUUAUUGAUGAGAACAAA